CAAACACCAAAAACCUCUUCUCCUCAUCAUCCUCUACAAAACCAUACCACUCACUCUCACCAAACCUCACUUCCCCCCCAAAAAAAAUCAAAAACCCUUCAAAAAAAAAGGAGGAAAACAAUUCCAUGGCACCAAAAAAGGGAAGAGCUUCUUCUUCAAGAGCUCCAAGAGCUAUUCCACCAGUCGAAGGCUUCGAAUCAGUGGAGUUUGAGACCGAAUCACAACGCAUCCGCUUCCUUGAGCAAUCCGAACGAGAGGUAAAACCCUCCCGCUUUGUAUGCCAAUUGACAUUAACGAUGUUCUGGAUUCAUGACAUUAUGAGAGAUAUUUUCUUAAGGUGUGG